UCUCCCUGAAACCAUGGAGAUGACCAGGACAGAGGGGUCAUCGAAGGUUAACCUCACAACAACAUCAGCUCCACCCUUAACAACCAAUACCUCUCCACCAUACCCUGAACCUUAUUUGCAGAUACUGGCCCACCUCGACGAAGGCCUCUAUAAUGACUUUUACAGCCUGUGGAUUGCUCUUGUUGUCAUUAACACCCUCAUCUUUAUGGUAGGAAUGGCCCUCAACAGCCUAGCUUUGUACAUCUUCUGCUUCCGCACCAAACCGAAGACUACGUCAGUCAUCUACACCAUUAACCUGGCGGUGACAGAUCUGCUGGUAAACCUUUCCCUGCCCACUCGUAUCAUUUUGUAUUACAGUGGGGGAAAGUGCAUCAGCUGUUCAUACAUGCACAUAUUCAGCUACUUUGUCAACAUGUACUGCAGUAUCCUCUUCCUCACCAGCAUCUGUGUAGAUCGAUACCUGGCCAUCGUGCAGGCGGAGGCCUCACGGAGAUGGCGGCACCCCAACGUGGCCAAAGUGGUGAGCGUCUGCAUCUGGCUGUUUGCUAUUAUCGUGACCUACUCGUUUCUCACGACGGCCUUCAAGCAUUCGGCCUGCUGCCUUUCCAAACUCUUUGUGCUAACCAUAUUUGAGUUCUUCCUGCCAAUGGUGAUUAUUGUAGUGUUUACUAUUAGAAUCGUGAGCGCUCUUUCCAGCCCGAAUCUAAUGCGGCAAAGCCGCGACAGACGCAUGAAAGCCGUGCAUCUGCUAUCAACUGUGCUGGUGAUCUUCACCGUCUGUUUCACACCAUUUCACGUCCGUCAAGUUCUGGUCUACUUUAAUCCUGAUCUGCCCUAUCACGUGAUUGUGUACCACGUGACCGUCACCCUGAGCAGCCUGAACAGUUGCUUGGAUCCAGUGGUGUACUGUUUUGUCACUACUAACUUUCAGUCUACUAUGAGGAGUUUUUUCAGGAAGACAGAGAGAGAACAAACAAGCGGUGAAGUUAUCAGCAUGCAGAAAAGCUCAAAGGGUUCAGGAUCAGGCACUGCUAUAGUUAAUAGUAUGACAAGGGUAAACCUGAGCCCUGACCAGCAAGGAGACCAACUGGCAUAAAGGACUAGCCCACAGAACAGUAUUUAAAGGGUUGCCAUUACCACGUUUUAUUAAGCCAAACCCACUGGCAUAGAUGAUCUUUUAGACAGAUCUUUGCAUAUUUUCUUCAUUGUUGAGAUUUUGAGCACAUUUCAAUUUAAAGUAUUGCAUAGACUAUGGCUUAGUCCGAAAGCUCUUAAAUGCUGUCUUCGGAAGCAGCAUUUCAAGGCAUGAAGGCAUGUCCGAAUCCAAUGUUUGGUUUAAUUCUUGUCUCCUGAGAUACCUUCAUAGGCUUGUCCCACAAUUCUAUGCAUGUGUGUGAGCGUGGAAUGGAAAUUAGUAUUGUAGUUUUCAAAUAUGCGGUUAUACUAAAAAAAUUAUUUCAACCGAGCAUUGGGUUAUAAAGGGAUGAGCCCAGCCGUUGGGUUAAAUAUAGCUGGAAAAUGUUUAUAUUUGACCCAAUAAUGGGUUAAAACAACUCAGAAUUUUGGGUUAAAACAAUCGGUGGGUUGAAAAUAACCCAGCAUUUUUUAGACUGUAUAUCACAAAGGCGCACUCUGUUUAUAUUUUUUAAACAGAAUUCCAUUACGCUGCCUGUGAAGUCUUUUCGAAUGCGUUUCCCAGAGCUUUUCCCGAAGUCAGCUGCCUAAGCUUUCGGACGCAGCUGGUUCUCAACCCUGUUCGUGGAGGGCACCUGUCCUGCAGAUUCCAGUUCCAACCCUAAUUAAACACACCUAAAACCUGCAAAUCAAGUUGUUCAGGGCUACAUAAAAAUUAAAGGCAGGUGUGUUGGAGUAGGGUUGAAACUUAAAUAUCCAGGUCAAGUGCCCUCCAGGAACAAUGUUGGA